ACUGAAGUAUAUCAUCAGUGCAGCAGCUGUCUCAGAAGGCGGUAAAGCGAUGUCUCAUUGACUCAGCAGGUGUCAGGGCGCAUUCAGGUGGUCUCGCGUGCGCAUCAUGGUCCCUUAAUUGAAUCUGGGACUGCAGAGAAACGAGCACCGCUGGCACGAGCAGCUCGCAAGCUAUGCCCGUCACACAAUGUGGAACAUGGCACGCUUGAAGAUGCCCUGGGUCUCGUGCGGACACUUUCCACUUUUCCUGUGUCUGUUUCUACCGACACUCUCAUCUCAUGCGCUUGGGAACAUAUACAAGCGUUCAGCGGUCCAGCGCGCGGCUGCCCGGUCUGUCGCCCGCAUGGAUGGCGACGUGAUCAUCGGUGCGCUGUUCUCCGUGCACCACCAGCCGUCCGCCGAGCGUGUGGCCGAAAGAAAAUGCGGAGACGUGAGGGAGCAGUACGGCAUCCAGCGAGUGGAAGCGAUGUUCUAUACGCUGGACCGUAUUAACGCCGACCAGAACCUGCUGCCCAACAUCACCCUGGGCUGCGAGAUCCGGGACUCGUGCUGGCACUCUUCUGUGGCGCUAGAGCAAAGCAUCGAGUUCAUCCGAGACUCCCUCAUCUCUAUUCGGGACGACAAAGACGGAUCUAAGUGGUGCAUCGACGGGACCCCUUCCAACCAGCCUCCUCCUAGCAAGAAGCCCAUCGCUGGAGUCAUAGGUCCGGGCUCCAGCUCGGUGGCCAUCCAGGUGCAGAAUCUCCUCCAGCUGUUUAACAUCCCCCAGAUCGCUUAUUCGGCGACCAGCAUAGACCUGAGCGACAAAACUCUCUUCAAAUACUUCCUCCGUGUCGUGCCCUCUGACACGCUACAGGCGCGCGCCAUGCUCGACAUUGUCAAACACUAUAACUGGACUUACGUGUCUGCUGUUCACACGGAGGGUAACUAUGGAGAGAGUGGCAUGGAGGCCUUUAAGGAGUUGGCCGCAGAGGAGGGUCUAUGUAUCGCCCACUCUGAUAAGAUAUACAGUAAUGCUGGAGAAAAGCACUUUGACCGUCUGCUUAAGAAACUGCGGGAGCGUCUGCCCAAAGCCCGCGUGGUCCUCUGCUUUUGUGAAGGAAUGACUGUCCGUGGCCUGCUGAUGGCCAUGCGGCGCCGUGGGGUUUCUGGAGAGUUCCAGCUAAUUGGAAGCGAUGGCUGGGCAGAUCGUGAUGAAGUGGUAGAAGGAUAUGAGCAGGAAGCAGAUAGUGGGAUCACAAUGAAGUUGCAAACGGAAGAAGUUCAGUCAUUUAAUGACUACUUUCUGAAGCUGCGUUUGGACACCAACACAAGGAAUCCAUGGUUUGCUGAGUUCUGGCAGUACCGCUUCCAAUGCCGCAUUCCUGGUCAUCCUCAGGAGAACCAUAACUACCAGAAAAUCUGCACAGUCCUCCUAAAUUCAGUUAUGUAUGAUAUUAUGAAUCUUCAGUAUGUGGAGGAGCUGGGCCGCUAUGACUACAUUAAUGUGGGGUCGUGGCAUGAAGGUCUCCUGAGCAUCAGUGAUUAUAAACUCAUGACGAACCGCACUGAAAUGGUCCGAUCCGUCUGCAGCGAACCGUGUUCUAAGGGACAGAUCAAGGUGAUCCGUAAAGGAGAAGUGAGUUGCUGCUGGAUCUGCACUACAUGCAAAGAUAAUGAAUACGUUCAAGAUGAGUUCACAUGCAGAGCUUGUGAUCUGGGCUGGUGGCCUGAUGAUGAACUGGCAGAAUGCAAGCCUCUCCCGCUCAAAUACCUGGAGUGGAGCAGCGUGGAGUCCAUUAUCGCAGUGGUGUUCUCCUGCCUCGGUAUCCUGGUAACUCUAUUCGUCACCUUCAUCUUCAUCCAGUACCGUGACACGCCGGUGGUGAAGUCCUCCAGUCGUGAGCUUUGCUACAUCAUCCUGGCGGGUAUCUUCCUUGGCUACGUCUGCCCCUUCACUCUCAUCGCACGUCCCACUGUGAUCUCCUGUUACCUGCAGCGCCUUCUAGUGGGCUUGUCGUCUGCCAUGUGCUACUCCGCCCUGGUAACCAAAACCAACCGCAUUGCACGCAUCCUGGCCGGCAGCAAGAAGAAAAUCUGCACACGCAAGCCCCGCUUCAUGAGCGCCUGGGCGCAGUUGGUAAUCGCCUUCAUCCUGAUUAGUUUCCAGCUGGCCGUGGAGGUUACGCUGAUCGUGCUGGAACCCCCCGAGCCGGUGAAGAGCUACCCCAGCAUCAGGGAGGUGUACCUCAUCUGUAACACAAGUAACUUGGGCGUAGUGGCUCCGUUGGGUUACAACGGCCUGCUCAUCAUGAGCUGCACCUACUACGCCUUCAAGACCCGCAACGUGCCUGCCAACUUCAACGAAGCCAAGUACAUCGCAUUCACCAUGUACACCACCUGCAUUAUCUGGCUGGCUUUUGUGCCCAUCUACUUCGGCUCCAACUACAAGAUCAUCACCACCUCCUUCUCCGUCAGUCUCAGUGUUACUGUAGCACUGAGCUGCAUGUUCACGCCCAAGAUGUACAUCAUCAUCGCCAAGCCCGAGCGCAACGUGCGCAGCGCCUUUACGACCUCAGACGUGGUUCGUAUGCACGUGGGCGACGGGAAGGCGGCUCCUUGCCAGAGCAACAGCAUUCUCAACAUGUUUCGCAGGAAGAAGAACAUCAACAACGCGACCGGCACCACUAAUCCUAAUGGAAAGUCUGUGUCAUGGUCUGAAUCAGGUGCCAGACCCCAGGGGAGGGGGUCGAGUGUGUUCCACAGACUGUCUGUGCAUGUGAGGAGGCAAGCGAUCGGCCAGAGUCAGACGGCGGUCAUACGACCCCUAACUAAUGCCUCACAACCCCACGAGUCUGAAUAUGAUGCUGGUCUCAACACAGCCCCCACCGGCUCUCACCCCGACAACAAGGAUCUCUACAACCUCAGCGAGGGGCACGAUGGGGGUCCCCAACAUCCUACAACCCACGAGGGAGGGGUACCACCUUCCUAUUCCCCUUCUAAUUUAAUAGACCACAGCACUGAUUGUCCUCAAGGGAGGCCGGUGGACACCCUGAGCUCAACGCUUCCUGAUUUUGACCAAUUUGUAAUCGGCACGGGCAACAAGUCGAGCCCCGUCACCUAUAAAUCGUCUGCCAAUCAGCUGCCUCUUCCAAUGCAAGGGGAGGCGUUCCCUGAGGAAGGUUCAGAAUUGGAAGCUCUUGACCUCAUUCAGGGGUUUCUGUGUGAGAGUGCCACACAAGAAGAGGAGGACGAAGAGGAAGGUGUGGAGGAAGAGUUGGCACAGAGUAAGCUGACUCUGCUCACUCCACCUUCCCCCUUCAGGGACUCGCUUCAGGCAGGGGGGUCCAUUCCCGGAUCCCCCGGCUCUGACAAUAACCCUCCCUUUUCCCAAAGUAUGAACUACGCCCCAACACAAAGCUCUUUUACGCUGUAAAACCACACGCUCAGGACAGCGCUGUUUAUUAUUCGAUCACUGCAGGAUAUAAUUUGCUUUCUUAUCUACGUAAGUCUCUUUCGGAAGGCAGGAAGAACCUUAAAAUGAACAAAUGGGACGUCCUGUUGGGAAUAUUUUUCUCUGAGGCAGCGCUGGCAGCAUACGUUUUCCAAAAUGCUGCAGAAAGUUGGAGUGCCAAAUAUGAUUGUGUUGCUGUGCCCGAAAUCCACUGGCAAGUGACAUCGCAACAGUCCAGGAGUGAUAAUGCCAGCUUGCUGCUUUACUAUUUCACUCUUAGCAGGAUGAGACACACUUUCUUGGAUUUUAUGUGCUUUUGAACUAUGUAGCUGGACUUGGUUCUGAUUCAAAAGUUUCGUUACUAUUGGCAACACAAAAACAAUCAUGGAAAAAAUGAGGGUUUAGGAUGUAGACGGCACAGACACAUAAGUGCAACAGUACUGAGAGUGCAACAAAGAGAAUCAAAUCUCAUAGCAGGUUGCUGUGUAUCUGGUUUUGGUAUCUGAUUUCCAUUUUUUAAACUGUUUCAGUAACAGUGCACAAGUCAGAGUGAAACACAGAAAUCAUGUGCGCACAAAACUCACUUGGUUGACUGGAUGAGUAAACGUGGAGUUUCCCAGCUAAGGUGUUUUCCAAUUUCCUUGUGGCUCCCAAAUGUAAGUUUCAGUGCUUUUGCUUAGAGAGUCAAGGGCAAGAAUGCUGAUUGUAAUGUUAGGUAUAGAAUACUAUUUUAGCUUAAAUGUGGAGCCAAGGUUAAUAAAAGAAACGGUGUUUUUCUCAACUUUACUUUGUCUCAUGCGUGAACUCAUCC